AUGAAGAUAGAUGUUACUUUACGUUUUGAUCCGUCGAUAUCACGUCAUUACAAAGUCAUUUGUCUUAAUGUACUGGCUUCAACGUCGGUAGCUAAUCCUGCAAUAUAUAUUUUUUCAUCCGAGAAGAAUUUUUGUUCUUCAAUACUAUUUGACCUAACAAAUGAACAUGCAGUCUCUUGUAAUGGUGCAGUACAGUGGUACAAAUCCAAGGAGAGUUUGUUUCAUUUGGAUCUGAAAAAAGAGACGUUGAACGAAAUGUCAAUGCCUCCCACUUUUAAUGGAACUGCUAUGUACUUUGGGGAGUCUCGGGGCCGUUUACUUGUCGCAGUAAGAGCAUUUCCCUAUGUGAAAGAUUUUGAGGCGGAGUGUUAUAAUCCUAGAUGGACUUCAAGGCACUUAGCGAUAUGCCGGUACUAUUCUCCUCAAUACAGGCCGCUUAUGGGGACUACUGAAUUUUCAGUAUUGAGUAUUACUACUGGUGAAAUGAAAGAGGACGACUGGACGAUUGUUACAUAUGAGGAGGGCGAAGUCUAUUCCAAUAAAAAGUUGGCUAGGGAAAAGAACAAAUUAAGUUUGGGAAAGGAACAAGCUUUGUGA